GCCUAAAUUCAAUUAUUUGCGAAAGGUAGUAAUUACUUGUAACUAAACUAUAUGAUCAAUUAUUUGUCCAAGGUUUGUGCAGCGUGCAAGCGUGCAAAAACGGAGUCAGCUGACCAACGUAAACAAAGGGCAUGUCAAUAUUUUGUGAAGUGGUGAAAUACAUAAAAAGUGUUUUGUGAUACACCCUGCAAUGGAUAUCGACGGUUCUUCGGUCCCCGGGGAGAUAGACCAAAACCUUCUCCUUCAGUUUAGUUGUAUGAACACUACUGAUAGGGAAGAACUUAUAAGCCAAAUGCAAAGACUUUUAGGGCCAAGUUUGAAUUACAAUACAGCUAGUUUCUUCUUGGAUAUGAGUAACUGGAAUUUGCAGGCAGCUAUAUGUUGUUACUUAGAUUAUACUCUACCUCCAAAGCUCCCAUCAAUGUCACUGAAAGCUGCUCAAAAUCAAGAGACUGCUGUGGGACCUGGUGCUAGUUUUGAACAAAAUUGGAGCAUUGCCAACACAGGCACAGAAGCGUGGCCUGGUAGUUGUAGAUUGAUACAAGCAGGUGGUGAGCCUCUUGGUGCUACACCAGUUUUUGUGCCACCACUUCCCCCUGGGCAUUCCACUACUGUAACACUAAAGUUAAUAGCUCCAAAUAAACCGGGCACCCAUAGAGGUUACUUCCAUUUAGUUACGGAUAAGGGUGACCAAAUUGGAGAUACAUUAUGGGUAGAAAUAACAGUGGAGUCAGAGAUGACAAUGGCUCUAGUGGAACAGCUAGCUGCACUUCCAUUUCCUAGCAACAGAUUGGAUGAAUCCAUUCCUCAGAUGCCGUCACAACAAGAUGAUCAAAUGUGUUGAUAGUAGGCAGUCACAAAAAUAUUUUGUAAAAUGUUCAUCACGCGUCAUCCAUAACGAUUUUUUAGAAAACUGUUAAUAGAGUUGAAAUAUAAUUUAUUAUCAUGGAAACAAAUUAGACGUUUAUAAAUAUUUAGACCUGUUGGUUUUGCACGGACAUAAUCUUAGACUAGUUACAAUAUAAACGAAAAUCAAAGAUUGAGAAAAUGUACAAACAAGCAUUGUAAUGUUGAAUAGCUUGUAAGACAAGUAAAUUAUGAAUUUGUUAAGAUAUUGUUGAAAUUU